AUGGGUCCCGUGGGUGCCGUCCCGCCUCCGGUGGUGCAGUGCGAGAACGGAGGGUCCGAGACGUGCACUAUCAACAACGCCUAUGGAGCCAAUUUUGAUAACGUCACGUGCAGGGCAUCACGAGUGUUCUACCCAGCAUCAGAGGACGAAUUCAUUGCUGCCGUUGCAUACGCCAGCCAGAACAACCUCCCAGUGAAGGUGGUGAGCCAGUUCAUCCACACCACGGCCAAGUGGUACUGUCCAGGCGGGCAAGCAGGUGUCGUUAUAGUCACAACCUUCUACAACAGCAUUCAGCUUGACACACAGGCCAUGACUGUCACUGUAGACGCAGGUGUCAUGAUCUACGAUUUUUUCAGCUAUCUCGCUCGCUACAACCUCACCUUCCCCACUGCGCCCUACUGGGACGGGGUGACUGUCAUUGGGGCUAUUGGCACUGGCUCGCAUGGCAGCACUCUGCAGUUCAAGGGUGGGCGCAUGGGAGAAUACGUGAGGGGGGUGCGGGUGGUGGUGGCAACCGACGAGGCGAGUGGGUGGGUGGGGGUGAGGGAGGUGAGCGGAGGAGACGAGCUGCUGGCUGCUCGCCUGCACCUGGGGCUGCUCGGUGCCAUUUCCAAGAUGACCCUCGAGGUCUACCCCAUGUGGAAACGCCAAAUCGUCUUCUACAACACCAGUGAUGAUAACAUCGAGAAUGAAAUCCUCUCAUUCGCUCAAAACACCACAUUCCCGGACCUUAACUGGUAUCCCUCCUCGUACAGUGUCUUCUGGCGUCGAGACAACCUGGUGUCAGUAGCUACACCAGGGGAUGGUUCCUACACGCUCCCACUCUUCCCCGGCCGCCUUGAAUACGUCUGGGCUGCUCUGGCUGCCAUGGACUAUCAAUCCGAGGUCUCUCGCAAUGCAGACGAGCAGUGCCAGGCCUGGAUGAACAUCCAGGUACCGACUCUGCUUGGUGGUGGUGGUGGUUUCACCAAUGAUGGCUCUUCCUUCUCAUCCUUCCCUGUUGUUGGAUUCCACAACCGCAUUCAGUCGUCCAGCGGAUGUGAGUUUGCUCCAGACUAUCCCAUCGGCAGACAGACGUGUGCCUGGGAUCCUCGCAUCAGCGGCAUCAAAUUCUUUGAGACCACCCAUGUCAUUCCUCUCAGGCGACUCAAAGAAUUCAUUUUGACUAUCAAGCGCAUCCGGGACAUGAGGCAGAAUGCAUUCUGCGGUGUUGGUCUGUACGGAGGCAUCUUCUUCCGUUUCAUCCGUGGGUCAACCACACUUCUUGGCAACAGUGAGGAUGCAGCUAUGGUGGACAUUCAGUACUACAGGAACACGAAUGUUUCCCACCCUCGUACAAAUGGGGACAUCACUGACGAGUUCGAGCAAAUUCAAGGGAGGCUUUUUGAUGCUCUUCCUCACUGGGGAAAGAAUAGGGAUGUUGCUUUUGACAACAUUUUGCACAAAGUGCCGGGUGCGGCAAGGUUCCUGCGUGUCAGGCAACAAUUUGAUCCUCGUGGCUUAUUUCUCAAUGAGUGGGCCAUGAGGGUCUUCCGUCUCAGCAGGACGCCUGUACAGAUAUACCGUCCGCUCUGUGCUUUAGAAGGUGUCUGUCACUGCACGGACGACUCCCACUGCAACCCAGCAGCUGGUGCUUUCUGUGCCAAAGGCUUGGUCUUCACCAAUGCCACCGUUUGCCGCCUUGCAACCGUUCAGCAAUCUUGA